UCAAAUUAGUUUUAUUCUUUCUUGACAAAGUUGACAAAUGUCGCGCAGACACGACGGUACGCUGUUAAUCCUCUUUGUAGUUGGGUUAGCACUUGUAACUAUUCUCAGCGUGUGGAAGUUAAAGCGGUUUAAAUAUAAACUAGUGCAUGAAAGUGGAGGUGCGAUGCUUUUUGGCAUGAUCCUGGGGCUAAUAGUGAGAUAUGUGCCAUUUGACCGAGCUGAGCAGAUGAGCAACACCGCAAGUGUGUGCAGCUGUGAGGGUCUGAACAGCACACCUCACGUCUUGAUGGUUAACAUCUCAACCCACGUGCAUGGCUACAGACAUGAUGGAAAAAUCAUCCAGCGUCCAUCUUCGCACUCAAUGGUUUACAUGGAGACCUUUGAUCCUGAGGUAGUUUUCAAUCUGCUCCUGCCACCCAUCAUCUUCUAUGGAGCUUACACCCUUAAUCAGAAACGACUCAUUGAGAAUCUGGGCUCUGUCUUGACCUUUGCUUUUUUGGGCACCAUUAUCACAUGUGUGGUGAUAGGAGGUGUUGUGUAUGGCUUCACCAGACUGGCAGUGUUGUUGGGCCAUGCAGUGGAUGCAGAGUUCUUCUUCACUGACUGCCUCCUCUUUGGUGCCAUUAUGUCAGCCACUGACCCAGUGUCGGUGCUCGGCCUGUUCUCGGAGCUGCAUGUGGACCUGGAUCUGUACACCCUGCUCUUUGGCGAGAGCGUCCUCAAUGAUGCCGUGGCUAUUGUCCUGACACAUGCCAUCAGCUCCUACGGCCAGAUGGGUGGAGAUGCCUUCGAUCCUCCUGCCUUCUUCCUCUCUGUUGGAUACUUUGUCGGCAUGUUAUUAGGCUCCAUCGUCAUUGGUUUCAUAUUCACAAUCAUAACGUCCCUCCUCACAAAAUUCUCUCAGCUGUGUGAGAAUCCACUCCUGGAAACAUUGGUCUUUUUCCUGAUGUCCUGGAGCAGCUUCCUGUUAGCUGAGGCCAGUGGACUUUCAGGUAUUGUCGCUGUACUGUUUUGUGGAUUGAGUCAGGCAAGGUACACAAUUCAUAAUUUAUCCUCCGAGGGGAAGACAAGGACUAAGCAGCUCUUUGAAAUCUUCAACUUCCUGGGGGAGGUAUUCAUCUUCAGCUACAUGGGAUAUGUGUUGUUGACAUUUCCUCAUCACGCCUUCAAAGCCCUCUUCAUAUCUGCAGCAUUUCUCUCGAUCUUCAUAUCAAGGGCGUGCAGUAUCUAUCCUUUGUCUUUCCUGCUCAACCUGGGACGCACAACCAAGAUACCUCACAACUUCCAGCACUUCAUGAUGCUUGCAGGUUUGAGGGGUGGUGUAGCAUUCAGCCUGGCUAUCAGAGACACAUCCACAGAGGCCAGACGCUCCAUCUUCAGCACCACGCUGCUGCUGGUCACCUUCACCAUCUGGGUGCUGGGGACGGCUGCCGAUCCCAUGCUGCACUGGCUGGAGGUCAGAGUUGGUGUGGAUACAGAUGAAAAUCCAGAGGACUGUUCUCUUGAGGUCCUCACGGAAAGAACAGAUACAACGCUGGGUCUGUGGCAGCGACUGGACUACAAGUAUGUAAAGCCAGCACUGACGCAUUCAGGCCCCCCUCUGAGCGGCUCGUUGCCACAGUGGCGUGGGAGGCUGUCCUCACGCCUCAGCAGCUCCCAUGCGCACGAGGACCGAGAGCAGCUGGGUGAGACGGCAACAUGUGAUGCCACCUUUGAGUUGGAGAAAGCAAAAAACAAGCAGGAAUGCAUCGGAAGAGACACAGGAUCUGAUCCCCAGGACGACCUGCUGGAGGGAGACCUUGGCCUUGGAACAAGUCCAGCUCUUUUCAAGGAGGCCUCAGUCUCCAGGAGUCAUCUUUAACCCCAUUUUAUCAGCACGUGCUGCACGUAGGUGCUGCCCCGAGGGGAGCCACGCCUCCCACAGAGAGCAGGGGUCACUGACCGGGCCAUCCAACUGGGAGUUACUAGGGCUCCUAAAAGGUCGUGCACCUACCUCCUCUGCAGUGGCACGCCUGCACACACACAAAGAGAGGAAAAACAAUUCUCCGGGUCCUCGUUCCGCUGUUGCUUAGCUGAUGAUUUUCUUGGUUUGAUUUGCAUUUUUUGGGAGUAAUAAAUUACAGCAGGACUUGGAGAAUUACUCUUUGCUUAAUCAAAGUGCCUACUGUUUCACAAAGCAAAUAUAAUGCAGAUUUUUGCACAAUUUCUGCAUGUCCUCCUUUGAAAUUUUCACUUACGAGGUCUGUUAGAAAAGUAUCCAACCUUUUUAUUUUUUUCAAAAACCUGAUGGAUUUGAAUCACGUGUGCUUGCAUGAGCCAACC